AUCAAAGAGAGAUUGACAGAGAGGGAGAGAGAGACAAGAGAGAGAGAAAGAGAGAGAGCGCGCGAUGUCAAGGCAAGACAUCAGUGUUGCUCCAAGCUAAACUAUUCACCUGCGCUAAGUAUUGUUUUUGCAGCCGGACCUGAGACAAUAUGAAAGGAUCUCCUCGGUCGCAAUUCCUUAUGAAGCAGAACUGCACGAUGAUCAUCUUCAGCAACUGGGGAACUAAACGGAGGGGAGAUUGUCGACGUUCAUCCAUUUUUUCGUCAUGCAUUUUUUAGACAAGGCUAGCCUCUCGUUAUUCUUGUGACGUUGGCUUGUUCAUGCUCCAAAUUGAUUCGUCUUUCUUUUUCGCAAGAAUAGCUGAACCGGUCGCUGGCUCGGUGUUUUCACGCAUUUUCAAUAUUCUCUCUCGGGUUGGAAACUGAGAAGACCACGAUCUGUUCUCGGAGAGAGGACUUCGGUUCCCACCCUUUACUCUCCUGCCGGACUAGACCCAAUUUGUCCAAGCGCAGCAAAGUGCGCGCGGCUCAGCCUGCAUGCAAUCAUUGGUAUACAGACGUUAACUGCGCGUUUCCCAAUUUACACAAACACACGCACACACACACGCACGAACACACACACACACACACAGCUGUAAGAUAGGUAGACAUUUCAAAACAAGCACUUAAAAAACAAGGGGAAGGCUAGUUUUAUAUCUAAUUUGAAACAUUUGGUGACUACAAUAUUCCCACCAUCUGGACAAAAUUGUUGUAGGGGCUACAGAGGGCUAACAACCCUUAAAAUCAUUGCUGAAAUACAAUCACAACUAAAACAUGAGAGAAAUUCGCCAUAGUGGAUCUUCCGUAGGUUACCGAGGAAACGGCAGUGGGAUUGCAAGUCAGCGUGAGGAUUGUGUGUUGAGGGUUGGGGGCGAGGGCACCGGUGCGAGAGGUCUGGGAGAGGCCGGGGACGAAGAGCUCUCACCGCGACUGCCUGCCGCGGAACAGCCGCUGCCUGUGCUGGAGAGCGAGGCUGGAAGGAGGUGGUGGAGAAAUGAACCAUACAUCUAUGAGGAGUUAUAACAGUCGCUGGCUUUGGAUACUUCUCCUGUGAUUUUCGGUUGUAAUAAUUUAAACACGUUUUUCUUGAGUACUAAUCAGUGAGAAGAAAAGGCAACAUAAUUAAUUGUGGUGCAACUUUGUCAUCUUCUGCAGUUGGCAACGAAGACACUUUUGGGUCAUGACAAAUGCAAGUCUAUAUAGCACUUUUUCAAGACAGUGGCACAUUUAGUCACUGCACCUUCUGAAAAUACCCCCUACUCUUACACGUAAAAUGAUAGCCUAUCAAAAGUUAAUGGUAUUAAAAUGGCAUUUCAGAAAAACUAGUAGUAGUUAGAUUUUUAAAAUCUUGUUUUCCUGGAUGCCAAGGUAUAAGAGCCCUAUCAUUUAUUUAUGUGUGUACUGUAUUUGAGCAUUAAAUAUUUAAAAACUGUAGAUUGCCUAUAUUUCCUAUCUAGAGUGUGUGUAUACUAGGUUUACCUAUUUGGCUGUAUUUGCCUUUUAUACCAACAUAUAUUUUAGUGGCUUGGCUGGCAUUGAACAUUUGAGUUGAGAGUUGCCAGAGAUAACUAUUUCUAUUUAGCCAUUAAAGGUGGAUCUAAGAGGUAGACAUACUCUGUAAAAAUACUGUGCUCAAUUAGUGAGAAGUUUCAUACAUUUGAAUGCACCAUUGACAUUAACACAUGCCAUGGCACACAUUCAUUGCCACAACCACUGUCAAUGGAUAGUUACAUGGACACCAAUUUAUUCCGCUACUUCUAGACUUUAGUGCCAACGUGAGGUUGAGGAAUAUUGAUUUUCAGUACGUUGGGCUCCAUGGAAUGUGACCGAAAAGACGGGACAACAAUAUACAACAAACUCUAAACAAGCGGAAUACAAACUCUGAAGUGGACAUUUCAAGGUUGUUCUUGGGUGUGGCUUCGUCAUACGUUUUUCAUUGAGGGGUUUUACUACGACUUUGGAUAGCAACAAAAUAAUUCCCUAGAAGUCUGGAAUCAAAGCACACCUUUCACCUGCCCUAGAUAACGCUCGCGCCCGGCGGAAGAGCAUAGCCACUGGGAAGCAGCCAAGCAUGGAGAUCCCUCCCACUGCCCCCCCUCAACCCUUUCGACAAUCCAGUUUCCUCAGUAGAAGGCUGAAGGGCUCUAUAAAGAGGGCUAAGAGUCAGCCCAAACUGGACCGGACCAGCAGCUUCCGUCACAUGAUCCUCCCCCGCUUCCGCAGUGCCGACCAGGACAGGACGCGUCUGAUGCAGAGUUUCAAAGAGUCCCACUCCCAUGAGUCCUUGCUGUCUCCCAGCAGUGCCGCCGAGGCGCUGGACCUCACCUUGGAUGAGGACGCCAUCAUCAAACCUGUUCACUCAAGCAUCCUGGGACAGGAGUACUGCUUUGAGGUGACUACGGCUUCGGGAACCAAGUGCUUUGCUUGUCGUUCCGCUGCAGAGAGAGACAAAUGGAUUGAGAAUCUUCAGAGAGCCGUCAAACCCAACAAGGACAACAGUCGGAGGGUGGACAAUGUCCUGAAGCUUUGGAUUAUCGAGGCACGGGAGCUCCCAGCCAAGAAACGCUACUACUGCGAGCUCUGCCUGGAUGACAUGCUGUACGCACGCACCACCAGCAAGCCCCGAACUGACACAGUCUUCUGGGGUGAACACUUUGAGUUCAACAACCUGCCUGCUGUCCGGAACCUCCGUCUUCACCUAUACAAGGAGACUGACAAGAAAAGACGCAAGGAAAAGAGCACUUACCUGGGACUGGUCAGCAUUCCCAUCUCAAGCAUCACCGGACGACAGUUUGUCGAACAGUGGUACCCCGUCAUCCAGCCUAGCGUCCUUGCCAAGGGUGGGGGUGUAGGAGGGGGCAAGAUCAUCAAUGCCUCGAUACGCCUCAAAUCACGGUACCAGACCAUGAGCAUCCUGCCCAUGGAGCUGUAUAAGGAGUUUGCAGAGUACGUCACAAAUAACUACCGCACCCUGUGUGCUGUGCUCGAACCGCUACUGAGCGUCAAGAGCAAGGAGGAGGUGGCCUGUGCCCUCGUGCACAUACUGCAGAGCACAGGGAAAGCAAAGGAUUUUCUGUCCGACAUGGCAAUGUGUGAGGUAGACAGGUUCAUCGACCGAGAACACCUUAUCUUCAGAGAGAACACUCUGGCCACCAAAGCCAUAGAAGAGUACCUCAAACUGAUUGGACAUAAGUACCUCAAGGAUGCAAUAGGUGAGUUUAUAAGGGCACUGUAUGAGUCGGAGGAGAACUGCGAGGUGGACCCAAUGAGGACUCCACCGUCGGUCCUCCCAGACCAUCAAGCCAAUCUCCGCAUGUGCUGUGAACUGGCCCUCUGCAAGAUUGUCAACUCCCAUUGUGUGUUCCCACGAGAGCUGAAGGAGGUCUUCGCAUCCUGGAGAGUGCGCUGUGCAGAGAGGGGGCGGGAGGACAUUGCCGACCGUCUCAUCAGCGGCUCCCUCUUCCUGCGCUUCCUGUGUCCAGCUGUCAUGUCCCCCUCGCUGUUUAACCUCACCCAGGAGUACCCUGACGAGCAGACAUCGCGCACGCUCACCCUCAUUGCCAAGGUGGUGCAGAACCUGGCCAACUUCUCCAAGUUUGGCAUUAAAGAGGAGUACAUGUGCUUCAUGAAUGAGUUCCUCGAAAUGGAGUGGGGCUCCAUGCAACAGUUCCUGUAUGAGAUCUCCAACCUGGACAGCGUGAGCAAUGCGGGGGGCUUCGAGGGCUACAUCGACCUGGGCAGGGAGCUGUCCAUACUGCACAGCCUGCUGUGGGAGGUCAUGGCCCAGCUCAGCAAGGAUGCCAUUAUAAAGCUGGGCCCCCUGCCCCGUCUCCUGAAUGACAUCAGCAUGGCCUUGCGCAACCCCCACCUGCAGAGACAGCCCAGCCACCAGACAGACAGGAUCCAGGAGAGACAAACGGACCGGCUGCUCUCGCGGCCCAGCUUCAACAGAGGAGUCUCCUCCGAGUUCCAGAACCUUAUGAUGAGGGACCUGAACAGCUCCAUAGACAUCACUCGCUUGCCUUCCCCUACCUCUGGAGUGCCUGGUGGGGGUAACAUGCCGACCCGUGCUCAGAUGAGUUUCCAGGAGCGCGACCAUCUACAACGAGCCAACUCCAAAGACGUUUUUUAUGUGACCCGCCCUCCCCUGGCCCGCUCCAGCCCUGCCUACUGCACGAGCAGCUCCGACAUCACCGAACCGGACCCUAAGGUGCUCAGUGUCAAUAAAAGCGUGUCUAUGAUGGACCUCCAGGACUCCAGAAUGAACAGCGUGUCUAACCUGCAGUCGGUGGAAAUGCUCAACUCCUCCCAGGCCUCUCUCGCUGGCAUGGGCAGUUUCGGGGGCCUUAGCAGCGGUGGUGGGGGAGGAGGCCUCGGCUCAGGCCUGAGCAGCCAGCUGCGGGCCGGCGGCCGUCUGUCAGCCGGCUCAGGGGGCUCCAGCAUGUCGGGCGGCCUUCGGCUGAGCCAGCUGAGCCAGAUGGGCGCAACCACCGACUCGCUGUCCCAGCAGCAGCAGCAGCAGGCGGCCGCCAUGCGCUACCCGCUUUCCUUCCAGAACCCCCUCUUCCACCUGGCCACGGCUGACGGGCCGCAGCAGCUCCACCACCAGCACAGCCGAGCCCAGCCUCCUCCGCCCCUCCUCCUGGCCCCAGAGCCAGAGCCCUCGCACCCAGCCUAUAUCCCCCAGUUUGCCCAUGGCGGGUUCUCCCGCAGUGAGGACCUGUCCACCCUCAGGCCAGCUCCGGGCCACCUAGGACAGCCCAGCAUCAUUCAUUCGCACAGCUACAGCGAUGAGUACAGCAGGGCUGACUAUGGGAGGCGGCAGAUGUCCAUGCAUGUGCAGGAUAAUCUCCAGCAACAGCAUCAGAUGAUGGCAUCACAGACAGGCACAUCCCACUCCUCUCUGGCCACUCCCCCCUCCACAGUUCAACCUGUGCGCCAGAGUUCCGUGGCCCCGCCUCCUGCUCAGCGCGUCAAAUCCCAGACCUCACAUCAGUUGUCCGUCAGUGCGGCUGCUGCACCUGCCCCUCCUGCAAAAACGCGGCCACCUAGUGGCAACCUGCUCCAAUCACCAGAGUCAGGCUAUGGCGGUCGGCAACCAGCGCCACGGCAGCAACUGUCCGUCAAAGAUAACACAGCCCCUGGACUGCCGCACCAGCAGAGCUCUGUCAGGGAGAGCCAAAGUCCACAGGGGGGCGCCAAUCAGUCUACACAGCAAUCACCACAACAGCAGCAGCAACAACCACAACAGCAUCUGCUUAAACCAUCCAUCAGCAAACAGGGUUCCCAGUCACCCUCGACCCUUAACCCCCCAACGCCAGCCAAUGAGAGAACAGUGGCCUGGGUCUCCAACAUGCCUCACCUUUCAGCAGACAUUGAGAGUUCACGGAUUGACCGUGAGGACUUCAAGCUGAAAGAGUACUCCAAGAGCAUGGAUGAGUCGCGCAUGGACAGGGUGAAGGAGUACGAGGAGGAAAUCCAUUCCCUGAAGGAACGUCUGGUGAUGUCACACAAGAAGCUGGAGGAAUAUGAGAGGAGACUGGUCUCCCAAGAGCAACAGACCAGUAAGAUCCUCAUGCAGUACCAGAACCGGCUGGAUGAUAGCGAGAGGAGGCUACGGCAGCAGCAAGUGGAGAAAGACUCCCAAAUUAAAGGAAUAAUUAACAGGCUCAUGGCUGUGGAGGAUGAAAUCAGGGGAGGACCCGUCAUUGAGCCAAAAACUAGGAUAUUUGCAGAUCAGGAAGAGCAGCUUUCCUCCCUGGGUACACCAGACCCCGGUGUGAAAACUGAAGGUGGAGGGGGAGGAGGAAUGACCACCGAUCCUGGCCCCCGAAUCUCCUCCUUGGACAUCUCCUCUCACAGCUUGCCCCGCAAUGGAGUCCACCCCCAAAGCAUAAACCCUCCCUCUCUCCCCACUCCACAUCUGCAACCUAAUCAGAAUGGAGAGCUCCGUGGCAACCAAACAUCCAACCCCCUGUGACAACUUUUAGACUGGGACCACAGGAUAAACAACAGCAAGACUGUGCAUAGGAAGAGGCGGAGCAGGUCAAAAACAACACAGAAUCAAAUCAGAGAGAGAAGACACAAUUUAAAAACAGACUUCCAUUUUACUCCAAUUUUAACGAAGGAUGUGAUGACUUGCGCAUUUUUCCCAAUUUAUUUUAUUUUUCUCAAGCCAGAGAGAGAAGAAAUUUGUGGGAAGGAGUGGUUAUUGUACACACAUUGUACAAUGCAUUCAGUGUUAACACACCAGACUAAAGGGCUUUCAAAUAAACCUGAUCUAGUUUCCAAAAUGCAGAGUCAGUAGGCUAUCUGUCUUGCAGGACAAGAUUAUGAUAUCCUUUAGAUAUCCUUGGCAGGAUUCUCACAAACUGUACACUGUUAAAAUGAAGCAAACAUGUACAUACAGGUAGAUUCACCUAACCAAGCAGGUAAAUGGAAACAUACUGUGUCACCAGUCGGUGGUCAAAAAAAGAAAAGAAUCAAAUGUAACCAAACACUAUUGAAUGUCUCACAUCCCAAAGACUUCGUAGUAGUCAAUAGAAUAGUGCUAUUUUCCAUCUUGUGGUAUUCAGUGAUUCCCAUGGGAACAGUUCCAUUAAUUUCCUGUCCUGAAAACGCCAGCUCUUACAUGUCAUCAGUCAAGAAGUGAUCAUUUAGUCUGGCUUCCUUAGUGCCUUUGAGUGUAUUACAACAGGGUUUUCGAAACAUCAAAGAAAUAUAUGGUGAUGGUAUUAAUACCCACAAAAGAUGCUGUGAGAGAUAAAUACUAGGACAAGCGAGAUACAGUUUAAGUGUUUGGAUUUCAAAGACAAGCCCCAUGGAAGGUACAUGACACUUUCGAAAGUGUCAACAAUGAACAACCAGACCAGAAUGGGACCGGGCGCAUUUUUUUUCUCUUCUCUUACUCAGAACCGAUGUGUCAUUAACUGGUGCUAAAGAAAAAAACAAAACAGUGCCAUUUCCAACUUGUGUGUGUCUAUCAUAGCACUGCCUCUCAUAUUUGCCACUGUCUAAUUAUCUUUCUCUAUAUGUUUAUUGUCAUUUGUUUUAAUAUAUUAGUAUUUGUCUGUCUGUUUUACACUUUCUGUCUGUCUGUGUGCUUACAGUUUGUUUAGAGGAGGUGAGAUGGAAAUUGUGCAAGGAUAUCAUGAUACUCAAAGAAACUCUCUUACAAUCGUAUAUGAUUUUAACAGUUUGACAGUUUAACAGAACUACAUUUUCCCACUGAAUUUACAGGUAAAUAUGGUCACAACUUUUGUUUCACAAUUGGUUGCAGUCUGACAGGAAUUAUUGUCCUUUCCAAAUGUUACUUUGAGCCUAGUAUAUGUUUUUAUUUUACAGAAUCACAUAACUACUGUUUCAGUUAAUAGUACGGCUGCGGUACAUGAGAGAGUUUGGUCUUGUUAAAUUGGACUGUCAUUAAGUAAGUGUCCUAAUUUACCCUUAAUUUAAGUUUUGUCAGUUAAGUAUUACAUUUGCCUACAUCUAACAGCUAACCUAAAAGGGAUAGUUACUGGCAAUUAAACCAUGCCAGUUUUCCUUUGCUGUAGUCCAUCAAUUCAAGCCUGAAGUGCCUGCGUUCCAAGUACUGUGCUAGUGGAAUCAUUGAGAUUUUAAUUAGAUUGUAUUGCAGAUUAUUGCUACAUACAGUGAAUUUUAGACCUGGGGUCAUGGCCAGCAUGAUUUUUGAUCAUAAAAUACUACACUGUGCACUUCUGGCAUAUCAUUGUUGUGUGUUGGAAUUGUGAUAACUCACUGUUGUACUGUGUAAUCACACCCUCUCAUUUUAUGUAUCAACUGUUCAUUGUUAUCCUUGUUUGGAUGUAAAUUUGUUUUUGCUUUUGUCUUUUUAGCUUCACAUUGGUGGUGCUCUGCAACAAACUUGCCUGGGAUUUGCUUAGAAUUGCAAGCAUUUCUUAUGUCAACAUUCUUAGGACACCACUUUCAUGAGUUUUACUUGUUUGUCAUACCCCAACACUAGUAGAUUGACAAAUUAGAAAGGCAGUUCAAAUGUUCAUUUCAAAAUGGCCAUUGGAUUUACAUGAUUGAAUUGGACAUUAUUGAAUUUCUAAGUAAGUGCUUAUAAUUUUAAAUUGGAGAUGUGGUAUUGAUAAUACUGUGCUGACUACUUUUUUAGUGCAUUAACAAAUGUGCUACACAUUACAUCAGUAUUCCAAGAUAUGGGACAACAGGGUCACUGAUGGAUAGAACAGAAUUAUUAUGAAUAUACCUCAGAGAAAAUUGAGAGACUCAGGUAACCAAGCAAUUGCCUCAGAGCUACACGAGAAUGAGCAAAGAGAUAAUUCCAACUAUGGAAUGACUGCCAUAAGAUAGUUGAUCCAUAUACUGUAGGCCUAUAGCAAGAAAUCUAGUUAUAACUGAAUCACACCUCAUCAAGCACCCCUCCCGUUCCUUCUCUCUCUGUCUCCCUUUUCUCCCCCUAGCCAAUCACGCAGCUUCGUGGAGGACAAUCUGGAACCUAAUUGGCUGAUGCACCAUGGGCAGUCCUCAGCAUGGCCUGGCCAUAUCUCAAGAGCGCUUUCUCGUGAUGCAAUUGGCUGACAAAAGGAGAACUUGGGGCUCUGGUCCCAUUCUCCUUAUCUAAUGGAUGGUCCAGAACCACAGCUGACCGUGUAAGGAUUUGCUGUUUUUUUUACCCGACUUUAUUUGGGCCCUCUCUCUCUGAUUGGAUGACUAGAUUUCCUGUGUUUGACGCUUGUAAUUGGAUAUUUGAUUUUCUUAUAAAAAAAAACUCUCAACAAAAUGGGUUUGUUGGCUCAUCAAGCAUGCGAAGAACAGCUAUGCAGACUGACAUGAUACUAACCUCUUUGGAUUUACAAAAUAAAAGGAAAGACAAAACAAAGACAAAGAAGGCAGAUAGCUACAACCAAGAAAGAGAGCGAGAGAUACUGUACUGUGGGAAAGAUGUAUUUCAAAGGUGCUCUACUUCUUUCCUUUUUUAUGAUUGAUUUGUUUGUAAAGAUUACCCAUUUUUGUUUCACAUUUUACAAUGAUUCUCCCCAAUCUCUUGGUUCAUCCAUUUAGUAAAAAAAAUAUAUUUUGAUCACUCACUUAAAUCAUUAUUUGCCUACAUUUUUAAUUCCUAAACGGUUAAAACUGAUCAUGUUCUUUUUGUCCUUAGUUUUGCAAUCCGUACUUUUAAGUUCAGUUAUUUAUAUUUUUAGGUCUUUAAAAUGAAAUAUGCACAGUCUACAUACACAAGUGAAACAAGUUCAAUCUUACUUCAGUGAACUUUGAAAUGAACACAGUGCAAUGAUUUAUAUUUCUAUAAAUUAUUAUAAAGUAGAAAUGUUCCUGCCCAGAUAUGUAUUUAUUUAAUAAUGACAGACUCCUCUAUCUUAUGAGAGUUCAUAGAUUAAACAUUUUAUAUCAACCAAGUUUUCAUACGACAAUCUUAUGGAACAUUGCCCUUUUAUGGAGAGUGAUUGCCCUUGGAUUGUGAACAAAACUAACAAAGAAAUUGUUGUUUUACCUGCUCCCCUUACAACGAUUUGCACGUUGCUGUUACCUGCACUCCAUUUCUCUCUGGUAAUCAUGAAAGAAUGGAGGAUGGAUGUUGUUUUUGUACUUAAUAAUCGCCGUGUAGUUCUCCAUUAAUGGACGAUUUUAAAUUCCCUGGAUGAAGACAACCUGAAUUUUGUUUAUUUAUUUCAGUCUACGACAUGAGCUUAGUUGAGCACAGAUGAGGUAAACAAGUUUUUUCAGUGGUGAUGUGACAGAAUUCUGGAGCCAGUUGCUAAACUUCUCUUUUAUUUCUUUGUAAUGGACUCCAUUGUCACACAACCCUAUAGUCAAAUCCUUAUGUCACCUUCCAUCUCUACUGUAACCACUGAAAAUGAUUCAUGUCAAACUAGAGAGAGAGAGAUAUUAAAGACUCAUAUUUUAAGUGAUUGAAUGGUUGUGUAUGUGUCUGUAAAUACAGUGUGUGUGUAUAUACUGGAUAAAUGUGUAUAUAUGGUAUGUCUAGGUGUAUAUACAGUGUGUUUGUAUGCAGAGUGUAUAGUUUUUCACUAUCUCUAAUAUCUCUCUCUCUCUCUAUCUCUCUCUCUAUUAUGUCUCCUUAAAGUAGGAAUGUUGAGGCAUGGAAAGUUUAAGAAAACUAGGAUGCACUUUCUGUGCAGACAUUUUAGUGUGGUCUGUCACUUACAGUUAGCACUUGCAUUCUUUAAUAUUUUACACGUAAUAUGCCUCUCUCACAUAAUCUCAUAAACAGGGGCAUUUUUUAAAUAUACAUUUGGGUGACCAAGCAAUGUUUGUACAUAAUAUAUAUAAAGCUAAAUAGAAUAAGACAGUAUUUCCAGUGACCACCAUCUGCGUUUCUUUCAAUUCCUGGAAUUGUUUUGAUUCUUCCUGGUUAUCUGAUUUUAAGUUGAAAUGAGUACAUUAUAUGUUUGCAAUGUCAUUUAAAUUUAUAUAUUUAUCCAAACAACCCGUAUCUAUUUAUCUCCUCGAACUCUGCCUUUUAUUGACUCCUCUUAACGUUUGUCAGGCUAAAAAUUGGUUCAGAUUAUAAUGUUACUUUUAAAAUAUCCUUACAUGCAGAGAAACACUGGUUAUAAUAAUAACAUAUUUGCCAUUGCCAUUAAGUUCUUAUUAAAGUAAGUGUACCUUCAAACCAGAGAUCCCCUCCCCCCUUUACCUUUGACAUUAUAAUAGGUCACACAUAUUCAUAUCCCUUGACAAGCCAUAUAGCCCCCCAACCUCUCUAUUGAUGUUUUGAAAAGGACAGAUAUUCGGGGAUUUUUGUGUAUAUUAAUGGAAGUUGUAUGGAAAUUGAGUGAUGUUGAAGAGUGUAUUUCAAUUGUAUAUGGAUUUGUUAUGAAUGUGGAUAUUCUGAUCAUUUAAUUAUUAUUGAUAUAAUGAUAAUGAUUAUUGCCAUCUUGAUUUUGUUGAUUAAUUAUUUUGAUGCGGUUAAUAACAAGUCCAUCAGUUCUUUUUUGAAAUAGCCGGAAUUUAUAUUUUUCGGGUGGGUGAAUCUUGGAAAUAGAAAUACCUAAAUACAUUAAUAAAUAAACAAAUGAUUAAAU